AGCAUCGUCGAUCUGGAAGUGAUUUGCAGUGGUUCGGAGGUUAUUGUCUUUGUGAAAUGACUUCUUUCACCCAAAUUUGAAAAUUCAAUACAAAUUCAAUCGUUACUUUUAUUCACUGAAGAACGGAAUCUCAAUGUCUGGGAAGUCGGGAAAUGUGGUGGUGACUGUUGUUCGUAAGACGUUGUGUUAUUGCCAAACUUGAUUUGUAUUGGUUUUUUAUGGGGUUGGCUUGUGAUCAACAGCAGGCAGCAUCGCCAUUCAAGCAAUUGACGGCAAUGUAUUAAAGGAAACAAAUUUACAAGUAUUCCAAAAUGCGACACAAUUUGAUUGAACCUGGUGACAAUGAAGAUAUUACCAGGGAACGGCUAGGCUCAUCUUUUUCGGUUGGUAAAUUGGCAGCAUUUAUACACGGUGGUGAAGAAAAGCUUCGUAGAAGACAUGAAAUACUGAAAUUUGUAGAGUCUCAGAAAGAUUUUCAAGAUCCAAUACCACCUGAAUUCAUGAGCCGUAAAGAACGAGUUGAGAAUAAUGCGCGAAAGAUCGUAGCGAUGACCGAUAAAAUGGCGUUUAUUGACCAGUCAGAUAUGUCAGGAGAAGGACUAUUUUUUCAAAGUCUGGUAAUGGGACGUGAUUUCCAUGCAAUGUCGUUGCACUAUGCGAUGUUCAUACCAACCAUUCAAGGACAAGCGGAUGAUGAUCAGUUGGACUAUUGGCUUCCGUUGGCUGUUUCUCGAGGCAUCAUCGGGACAUAUGCGCAAACUGAACUUGGACAUGGUACUAAUAUUUCGAACUUGGAAACAACGGCAACGUAUGAUGAGAAAACAGAAGAAUUCGUGCUACAUACACCAUCAGUUUCGGCAACGAAAUGGUGGUCAGGUGGUCUUGGAAAGUCGUCAAAUUAUGCCAUAAUUCCUGCCCAACUUAUCAUUAAUGGAAGCAAUAAAGGCUUACAUAUGUUCAUUGUUCAACUCCGAGAUCUUGAUACUCAUAUGCCUUUAUCUGGCAUCACAGUUGGAGAUAUUGGUCCUAAAAUGGGCAUUCCUGGCAGUGACAACGGAUUUCUUAUAUUUAACAACUAUCGCAUCCCACGUAAAAAUAUGUUCAUGCGUUAUUCACAAGUCUUAUCAAAUGGUGAAUACAUUGCUCCGAAAAAUUCCAAAUUGCGUUAUGGUACAAUGGUAUUUGUACGGUCAAUUAUGGUACGACAUCAGGCUAUGCAAUUAGCUGCCGCAGUUACAAUAGCUAUACGUUAUUCUGCUGUUAGAAGGCAGGGAGAGUGGAAACCUGGUUUGAAAGAAGUUCAAAUACUUGAUUAUCGAACGCAACAGUAUCGGAUUCUCCCUUACCUUGCCCAGUCUUUUGUGUUUUUAUUUGCUGCCACAGAAGUAAAAGAUUUAUAUAUGAAGGUCAGCGAACAACUUUCGCAUGGUAAUACUGAAUUGCUACAAGAACUACACAUCCUUUCUUCAGGCUUGAAAGCUGUUGUCACAUGGGAAAUUGCAAAGGGUAUAGAACAAUGUCGAUUAGCAUGUGGUGGACAUGGUUAUUCACAUGCAUCGGGUUUGCCGGAAAUUUACUCUUUCGCUGUUGCUGGUUGUACAUACGAAGGAGAAAAUAUUGUCAUGCUGCUUCAGGUUGCACGGUUUUUAAUGAAAACAAUUAAAGAAAUACGGUCUGACAGUGCUCAUCUAGCAGCAGUUGCCAGUUAUUUGCUUGAUGGUAGGAGAUAUAAGUCUAGUUUUCGAAUAUGGCGAACUGUUAAAUAUGAGGAUUUAAUUGGAGAUUUCGAACAAGUCGCUAGAAACCAGAUUUACUGGACAUUUGAUUAUCUGCAACAGCUUCAAAAAGAUAAUCGUUCUCCUGACGAUGCUUGGAACUGCGCUUCUGUUGAGCUAUGUCAAGCAAGUCGAGUGGGCAUUAUUAAAGCUUUCAUGCUUGUGUCAUUUUGUUACACAGCAACUUCUAUCUGUCAUUUUAUCUUGCUAUAUUGCAUAUUCUUUGUUUUAUGGCAAAAAGUUAUUUCUCAAGAAUAGCACAGUGCAGAGAACCAGAGAUCGCACGAAUAUUAGACCUGAUUGGCAAACUUUACUUGCUUCAUGAGAUUUCCGCUCAUUGUUACUCUUUCAGAAAGGCAGAUUAUAUGUCAGAUGAACAAAUGAAAAACGUAAAGUGUGGUAUCUAUGAAAUAUUGGGAAAUUUACGUCCGGAUGCUGUGGCCAUAGUAGAUUCAUUUGAUUUUUCGGAUCGUGAACUUCAUUCUGUUCUUGGUCGACGUGAUGGUAACGUUUAUGCGGCAAUGCUUGAAUGGGCAAAAUAUUCGGAGUUGAAUGAAACUGAGGUACUGUCAACAUUCAAGAAGUAUUUGGGACCUAUGAUGAAGGAUGGCCGAUCAAAAAUUUAAAUUUCUUAACUGUUUUUUUCUAAUUUUUUAUAUAUCUUUAAGUAAAUUAUUACUAUCUGUUGUUUUUUAAAAUAAAAUAAAUUAUUACUAUC